UGAAGUACUGAAAUCAUAAAUGAUUCGGUGACAAGCUGAGCUUGCAAUGCAGGCAAUAAAAACGGUGGAAAAAGAAGUGACUUUUAUAAAGGAAACACUUUUCACAGAAUCCUUCCUAAAGCACCAAGAGUGCAGCAGAAACGCGGCGAGCAGGCAGCUCCAAGAGCAGCAGCCAUUGGAAGGAGCUGUCUGCAGCUCUCAGUGCUGUACUGAGCAUGUCCCAGCGGAGGAGCCCAGUGCAAGCAGCACAUUAUGCAAAAAGGCAGCUCUAGCAGAUGGGAGAGAGGCACAGCAAGCGUUUGCUUCGCUUGCAUCACCGCCGCCUGCAAACAAACCUGGAUCGCUAGAGGGGAUCUCGCCAGCAGGCCAGAGGAAUGAAAUCCGCGAGGAUGGCUUGAUUGCCAAAGGCGUUGCACUGAGAAAAAUCAUGGGGAAUCAAGAUGGGAAGCUAAAGAAAAAUACAGGUGAUGUGCAAGAAGGAGGAGAAGAUGCCUCUGGGCCCAAGGAUACGGACGGCACAAAGAAGGUAUCCGGGGGCAGAAGGGGACUGGGGAAGCAUGCAAAAGGCAGCGAAUCGGGGAAGAAGAAGGGUAAGUCAGACUCCAGACCCUCUGUGUUUUCAAAUCUGAGGAUCAGAAAAAAUCUGUCCAAGGCUAAAGAUGGGAAUAGCAGUUCACGGGAGGAUGUUUUGGAAAGCCAGGCCUUGCAGCCUGGGGAGCUGGACAGUACUCAUUCAAUUGUAACCAAAACUCCCGAUAUAAGCAUCUCUGCAGAUGAAGGGGGUCUCUCAGACACAGAUGUUGAACAUUUUGAAAUCAGAAAUGAAACUGUUCCAGCUGCUGCAGAGACACAGGAUGGACAAAGGACCAGCUCUGGCUCUGAUACGGAUAUAUACAGUUUCCAUUCAGCCGCAGAACAAGAGGAUUUGCUUUCUGAUAUCCAGCAAGCUAUUAGACUGCAGCAGCAGCAGCAGCAGGGGGUAAUUAACAUUGGAACUGAGGACCUUGUCACCAAAACAAUGGGCCGACACACGGCUAAUUCUCAAGCAACCCCCUUAGAUUUUGAACGUUUUUUUUCAGUAACUACCACUGACAAAGAGAGGAGCCCAGACACUGAGGGGGCUUUUCCAGCAGUAUCGGAAAUUGUGGAAAGCGUUCCCAUCUCCUGUGCAGCUGAACGUGAACCGAAGGAAGCAGUAAAUGGCACAGGCUCUCCUGGUAACGGCUUAUCGGAAACACAAGGACAUCAGCUACUGAUUGAGGAGCAGCCCGUUGCUGGAGUGGAUGCUGUAGCCAGUGAACUACAAGAUGGUUUGAAUAGAACUGCAGUAGAAAAUGGGUCUCAGACACAUAGGUCCACAGAACCAUUUCCAUCUCCAGUGGCAGAUGCUGAGGCUAAAAUUGCUGAAGUGCAGGCUGUUGAUUUUCAGGGCUCAGUAACAGAGAGUGGUGUUUCGGAUGCAGGCCGUGAUCAUGCUGCUGAGACUCAGGAAGGGAAACGCACUCUGUCAGCCAGUCAAGAGGAGCUGCAUAAUGGUUUAUCCACAGAAAUGAAAAAUGGCAGUUUGUCCUCGGAAGGAACGGCGGACAGUCCAGUGCUUGGCUCCCGAUGUUUUAAGCCCUAUCUAAUUAAUCCCUGUUACAUCAAAACCACAACUAGGCAACUGAGUUCUCCCAACCAUUCACCUUCUCCCUCCCCAUCCCAGAGCCCGCUUUUCACCAGGAGGCAGGAGUCCUUCCACAAAAAGGAAAAAGUCUCAGUCAGGAAGAAGAGGUCUGCUAGCUUGGCAGGUUUGUUCAGUCGUUCUGCAGACUGGACAGAAGAGGUGUCUAAUCACAAAAACGAGAUAACAGACAAGGUGAGCUCUGCGGACUUUUUGGAGCACAAGGGGUUUAGAGAGAAGUUUCAAACAGAAAGAGUGCCUUUGACUCAUUCAAGAAAGUCCUCAGGGGUCCAGGCUUCUACAGAGACAUUUCCCAAUGUCUUUUCAGGACGAACUCUGCUGGAAAAGCUCUUCAGCCAGCAGGAAAAUGCACCACAAGAAGAAGCAGAAAAACUCUGUUCUCGCAUUAUUGCAAUGGGUCUUUUGCUUCCAUUCACUGACUGCUUCAGAGAGCCAUGUAACCAGAGUGCCAAGCAAAGCACACCCACGUUUGAUCAAGACCAGCUUUAUACUUGGGCUGCAGUCAGCCAACCCACACAUUCAACAGAUUACAUUGAAGGAAGCUUUCCAAGGAGAAUUCCAUCUGCGUGGCCUCCACCCAAACCUCCAGAUGAAGAACAAAGGCUCAAAAUUUCAGAAGAACAUGGAGAGUUGAAAUCUACAGUCCUAGAAACAGAGAAGCAAUCCAUAGGUGGUGUUCAGCAGGCACAGGAUGCUUUUGAGGUGAAAUCUGAGGAGCGUGCCAGUGUCAUCCAACAACUUGAGCAAACUAUUGAGGAUCUGAGGACAAAAAUUGCAGAACUAGAGAAACAAUUUCCUGCUGCGGAGGUACAGACUGCUGGGAGGGAGCAGGAAAAUGAGCAUGCACACGCAGACUCUGGGGAGCUCAGCAGUGUGACUCUUCAAAGGAAUGAAGAGGAGACCACACCCAGGACUGUGUCACAGGCGAGAUCUGUACAAACGUCACCAACAGAGGAAUAUUUAACACAUUCAAUGCCUUCAGCCAGUGCACUGCCACAGCCAUCCCCACCACCGCACUUAGAAGGGGGCAAAAGUGAAGGGCCUACUCAGAAAUCGCCAGCUCUAGAACUACAGCCCACAUUUUGUUCGGAAAUCUCUUUAAUUCUGUCACCGAAGCUGAUCUCAGUGCCACUGGAUGAAAGCCAAUCAAUACAGAGUAUACCGCAGUCACCUCUUCCGGGACCCAAAGCUGAUUUGUCCCUUGCAUUUGAAGGAGAGACUGAAAUGACAGUUUCCCAUCAGCCUCUAAGUACUGUAGAUGUAACUUGUAGUGAACAUCCCCCCUCCUUGCCCCAAGAGCCCACAUGUAGCAUUCCCCCAUCACUGCCAGCAACUGAACAGACUGCCCCCGUGUCUGGAGCACAUGGCCAUUCCUUUGUUACUCCCAUGGCUGUGGCAGGAUUACCACUGCCACCACCUCUACCUGGCUCAGGACUCCCUUCUUCUGCUGUCUCAGCAGUGACAGACCUGGACCACUCUUUCCCAGGCACCACAAUGUCACCUCUCCCUCCUCCUCCACAUUUGCCAAGUGGUGAGAUACCAAUGCUGCCUCCAGCUCCUCUCCUUCCAUGUCCUGGAUUCCCUCCACCACCUCCACCACCACCUUUGCCUGGAGCAGGAGUCCCAUCUCCUCUGCCCAGUUGGGGUAUCCCACCUCCCCCUCCACCACCACCUCUACCUGGAGCUGGUGUCCCUCCUCCACCACCUCCUCUGCCCGGCCUUGGAUUGCCACCCCCAGCACCACCGCUUCCUGGAGCAGGACUGCCACCACCUCCCCCACCUCUGCCUGGAGGAGGCAUUCCACCACCUCCUCCUCCUCCACCACCUCUGCCUGGUGCAGCUGUACCACCUCCUCCACCUCUUCCAGGUUCAGCUGUACCUCCUCCACCACCUCUGCCUGGUGUAGCUGUGCCUCCUCCACCUCCUCCACCACCUCUGCCUGGUGUAGCUGUGCCUCCUCCACCACCUCUGCCUGGUGUAGCUGUGCCUCCUCCACCUCCUCCACCACCUCUGCCUGGUGUAGCUGUGCCCCCUCCACCACCUCUGCCUGGUGUAGCUGUGCCCCCUCCACCACCUCUGCCUGGUGCUGGUGUCCCUCCACCACCCCCUCCUUUGCCUGGGUUGGGGAUGACUCCUCCGGCCCCACCACCUUUGCCUGGAAGUGCACCACCCCUUCCAGCACAAGUCCAAGGCAGCAGCUACCCAGCAGUCCCACAGGGCUGUGGUUUUCUUCCUCCUCCAUUACCAUCUGGUUUAUUUGCAAUGGGGAUGAAUCAGGAGAAAGGGAGCAGGAAACAUGUAAUAGAGCCUUCUCGGCCAAUGAAGCCUCUUUACUGGACAAGAAUUCAGCUCCACAGUAAACGAGAUUCUAGUGCUUCACUUGUGUGGGAAAAAAUUGAAGAGCCUUCCAUAGAUUAUCAUGAGUUUGAAGAACUGUUUUCUAAAACAGCUGUUAAAGAGAGGAAGAAACCCAUUUCGGACACCAUUACAAAAACAAAGACUAAACAAGUUGUCAAGUUGUUAAGUAACAAAAGAUCUCAAGCUGUUGGAAUAUUAAUGUCUAGCCUUCAUUUAGACAUGAAGGACAUUCAGCAUGCUGUUGUGAACUUGGACAACUCUGUGGUUGACCUAGAGACACUGCAAGCCCUGUAUGAGAAUAGAGCACAAUCAGAUGAACUUGAAAAAAUAGAAAAGCAUAGCAAGGCAUCCAAGGAAAAAGAAAACGCCAAGUCUUUGGAUAAGCCAGAACAGUUCCUCUACGAACUCUCACUGAUUCCCAACUUUUCAGAACGUGUGUUUUGCAUCCUGUUCCAAUCAACAUUUUCAGAAAGCAUUGGUUCAAUCCGUCGCAAACUUGAAUUGUUACAGAAAUUGUGUGAGACAUUGAAGAAUGAAUCAGGAGUUAUGCGGGUUCUGGGUUUGGUUCUUGCCUUUGGAAAUUACAUGAAUGGUGGAAACAGGACACGAGGACAGGCUGAUGGGUUUGGACUAGAUAUCCUGCCAAAACUGAAAGAUGUCAAGAGCAGUGACAACAGCAGAAGUCUUCUAUCAUAUAUUGUCUCAUAUUAUUUGCGUAAUUUUGAUGAGGAUGCUGGAAAAGAACAAUGCAUCUUUCCUCUUCCGGAUCCACAAGAUCUCUUCCAGGCUUCACAACUGAAGUUUGAUGAUUUCCAAAAAGAUCUCCGCAAAAUGAAGAAAGAUUUGCGAGCAUGUGAGACAGAAGCAGCAAAAGUUUAUCAGCUAUCACUAGAAGAGCACCUACAGCCCUUCAAAGACAACAUGGAGCAAUUCAUUAGUCAAGCCAAAAUAGACCAAGAAAAUGAAGAGAAGUCACUGACAGAAGCACAUAAAAGCUUUUUGGAAACUACAGCCUAUUUCUGUAUGAAACCAAAAAUGGGUGAGAAGGAAGUGUCCCCACAUUCUUUCUUCAGUAUUUGGCAUGAAUUCAGUUCCGACUUCAAAGACUUCUGGAAGAAGGAAAACAAACUUAUUCUUCAAGAAAGAGUCAAAGAAGCAGAGGAAGUCUGCAGGCAGAAAAAGGGGAAGUCGCUAUACAAUAUUAGACCAAAACAUGACUCUGGAAUUAAAGCAAAGAUAAGUAUGAAAAUCUGAGAGAAGAAAUUCAAAAGCCAUUGUUACCUGGUUACCAAAAUUCAACGUGCUUGUGGGUGGGGAGUGAGAGGGAAGGAAACUACAUCAUCCUGAUCAUUUGCUUCGUUGACCUUUUAAAAUUUACGUUUUGUUCUCUAGAGUUUUCUACCAACUGAUGUGUUAUUGUGCAUUCAUUAAUGAAUGUAAUCACUUUAAUGGAGUGCCCAGAAAUAGACUAGGUAUGGACUUGAAACACCUUCCCUGUACUCUGUAUCUCCUUUGCCACUCAAAAAUGGUAUUUUGUAAAGUGUAUGGUAUAUUACAAAUAGGACAAGUCAGCAUGCAUAAAAAGUGGUAUCUGCAUCAGUUCUGAACAUGCUGAAAAUUACAUUAAGUUGAACUUCAUAAGACUGCUACUUGGUACAGUAAAACAUUUCCAUUCCUACUGGCAACAUCUGACACAAAUACUUCAUGGCACUGCACUUAGUUUAGGGAAAGAAAUGUUACUCCUAGUGAAUUGUUUGUAUCCGUUUCAUGUUGGCAUUUGUAGUUUGUAUUUUGAAUUGUUAAGUGCUGUUUAUACAGUAUAAUCAAUGCUUUCCCAACUUGUUUGGUUGCCCUCCAUGACUAAAUAUUUGUGGAACAAGACGUUUACUGUAACUAUGUUUAAAAUCGAUAAGGCAGCAUACUUUUACUUCAUCUUCUGCCAGGUGGUAUGGGGGUCAGAAAUCCAGCAUUAAAAAAAAAAAAAAAAAAAAAAAAGAAAAAUACAGAAAAGCACAGAAUUAUGAUAGAGAGUAUGAGAGAUUUGGCUAUUAUAGUUUGUUAAUAUAUAAAGCAGCUAACUUUUACAUGAACUUUAGAAGGUAUAGUAUAGUUUUAACUGCUGAUCACUUAAGUCAGACAGGCUUAUGGCCACAUGUACAUGACUUCCCUUCUGGAAUUAGCUUUACAGUUAAUUUAAAACUCCUUUAGAGAGCUAUUAAAAGAUGCACAUGGAGACAACAUUUAUGGAAAACAGUAGCCAAUUCUAGUGACAGAACAUAGACUACCAACUAAUUGACACCACUUUCACACUUAACAGAAUUACAGACAUUUCCUCCAGGCUUUCAGUGUCCCUGACUAGGAGGUUAAUGAUUGAAAUAUAUGACUUAGGGCUUCCAUUUUAGACCACAUGCUUACUUCCUUUUUGCAAUCCAGAAUUUGCUGUACCAGUUUUGGACUGCUCAACUGAUAACAACCCCUUUCCUCCAGUCCUUAUUUAUGAGCCCCAAACCAAUCAGUUUGAUUGAUAACGUUUUUCUUUCUAAGCUAACUUUUCCUGAAAGCAGACCGUGUGUGCAACUCAGUUGGAUGCACGUGCUUACGGCUUUGGAGCCUGAAAGACACUGGGGUAAGGCAAAUGAGCUCUAACCUGCUGGGUUGCAUUAUUCCCUGUCUAGUCUAGCACAUCAAGAGACAUUCCGAGCUGUUCAGAGGCUAAUAUACUCUACAGGGUGUCAUAAAAGGAAGAGCAAAAAUAUGACCUCAGGAAUCUGUUAUUCUUCACAUAUACCAAGCACUAGAAAAUAUGGUUUUUUUCACUGUGUGAAAAGCGAGUCUCCUGUUGCUGAUAAACCUAUGUGAAAAUCUGUACUAGCAGUAAUUUCUGGCAGGGAUAUAAAUUACCAAGAAUGGAAUUCUAAAAUUUUGUGUUGAUGGGAGUAACAUUACUAUUUGGGGAAGAGAAAACAAGAGAUUAUUUGCUGUUACGACUAACUUACGGAAAAAAAAAAAAACUUUAAAGAGUAAAGCUAUUUUAAUGGCACUGAUUCAAAUCCAUGUUUGUAUUUAUGUAAACAAUAGUCUUCUCCUCCUAACUUUGCUCCUAAGUGCAAGGAUACAGUAGCAUGUUUUCAUUUGUAGCCUUCCUGUUCUCUUCAGUACCUACAGUAUGUAUAUUACUAUACUAAAUGAAAAUAGAUCAUCUAACAAAGAUCACUAUGUGCAAUACUGUAUUUAGUGUUUCUAUUCCAAUUUUUUUAGAAUGUUAAUUUAUAAGAAAAUAAAAGGAAUAAUAAUAA